UAUAGAUAGUAGUGACUAUAGACUAUCUAUAGUCACUGAUUAUACCUUGAAACAUUUACCGGUUGUGUUGCAUUUUGUAUAAAACAACAUUCAUAUCAAGGAUUAUUUAAUUGAAUGUGGAAUUUAGAUCCCGAUAAUUUUUGGACAUUAGUUUGUGUAACAUUAUUUAAAAGACAGAAAAAUGUUUAAAAAAUUUGACGAGAAGGACAGUGUCUCUGGUAUACAACAACUAAAAUCAUCAGUUCAAAAAGGAAUUCGUUCAAAACUUUUAGAACUUUAUCCUUAUUUGGAAAAUUAUGUGGAUACUAUAAUUCCAAAAAAAGAUGCUUUUCGAAUUGUAAAAUGUCAUGAUCAUAUAGAAAUUAUAGUAAACGCGGCAGGAGAGCUUUUAUUUUUUCGUCAACGUGAGGGACCUUGGAUGCCAACAUUAAAAUUGUUACAUAAAUAUCCUUUUUUUUUACCAAAGGAACAAGUUGACAAAGGUGCUAUCCGGUUUGUUCUUAGUGGAGCAAAUAUUAUGUGUCCAGGUUUAACAUCAAAAGGUGCAAAGAUGACACCUGUAGAAAAGGGAACAGUUGUUGCAGUUAUGGCAGAAGGCAAGCAGCAUGCGUUAGCUGUGGGUGUCACUACAUUAUCAACUGAAGAUAUAGCUAAAGUGAAUAAAGGAGUAGGCAUAGAGAAUUGUCAUUACUUAAAUGAUGGACUUUGGCAAAUGAAAUCUGUAAAAUAAAAGACUGAUGUAUGUUGUAUAAGAUUUAAUAUAUAAAGGUCUUGUUGUACGAA